AUGGGACCUUUUCCCUCUUCAAAAGGGAAACGUUAUAUCCUAGUAGUUGUUGACUAUGUAUCCAAGUGGGUAGAAGUCGUUGCCGCACCUACCAAUGAUGCUAAGGUGGUCCAUAGACUUUUCAAGAAAACUAUAUUUCCUAGAUUUGGUGGCCCUCGAGCUAUCAUUAGUGAUGGAGGUUCUCACUUUCAUGAGCGGAAGUUAGAUACCCUUUUAAAAAAGUAUGGUGUUUACCAUAGGACAGGUUUAGCUUACGAUCCUCAAACUAGUGGCCAAGUUGAGGUUUCUAACCAUGAGAUUAAGGCUAUUCUAGAGAAGGUGGUGGCAAAACUUGUGUAUGGGAAAGCGUGUCAUCUCCCGGUGGAAUUAGAGUACAAGGCUUAUUGGGCAAUUAAAGAGCUCAAUUUUGAUGCUAAGUUAGCGGGAGAGAAGAGUCUUUUUCAACUUAACCAGUUAGAUGAGUUUCGAUUGAUGGCCUAUGAUAGUGCACGUGUCUACAAGGAGAAGACCAAGAAAUGGCAUGACAAGAUGAUCCUCCCUAGAGAAUUCAAAGAAGGUGAUAAGUUUUUUCUAUUUAAUUCUAGGCUUAGACUUUUCCCAGGAAAGUUGAAGUUAAGGUGGUUGGGUCCUUUCACUGUGAAAAGGGCAAAUAAAUUCGGUUCUAUGGAAUUAUAUGAUGAACAUGGUAGUGUUUUCAAGGUGGCAGUGGUAGAGGUGGAGAUGGAGUCAUGGAUGAGGAUGGUGAUAAUUAGCCGUGCUGAGGCUAAUUCCCGGGUCAAUGAGGAUAUUGUCUGA